CCUUCCGGUUCCGGUUACUGAUCAGGACUCGGCCUCGGCGUCUGCUUCUGCUUUCGAACAGGAGGAGGACAUGGCUCUGUUCGAGCAGAUGCGUGCCAAUGUGGGCAAGCUGCUCAAGGGAAUCGACAGGUACAAUCCUGAGAACCUGGCCACCCUGGAACGCUACGUGGAGACUCAGGCCAAGGAGAACGCCUAUGAUCUGGAAGCCAACUUGGCUGUGCUCAAGCUAUAUCAAUUCAACCCGGCCUUCUUUCAGACCACAGUGACAGCCCAGAUUCUACUGAAGGCCCUCACCAAUCUCCCCCACACGGACUUCACCCUGUGCAAGUGCAUGAUUGACCAGGCUCACCAAGAAGAGCAGCCCAUCAGGCAGAUCCUGUAUUUGGGGGACUUACUAGAGACCUGUCAUUUCCAAGCAUUCUGGCAUGCCCUGGAUGAGAAUAUGGAUCUCCUUCUCCUUAAUGGCAUCACAGGCUUUGAAGACUCAGUCCGAAAAUUUAUCUGCCAUGUGGUGGGCAUCACGUAUCAGCAUAUUGACCGCUGGCUGCUUGCUGAGAUGCUGGGAGAUCUGUCAGACAACCAGCUGAAAGUGUGGAUGAGCAAAUAUGGCUGGAGCUCCAAUGAAGCAGGACAGGUUUUCAUUUGUAGUCAAGAGGAGAGCAUCAAGCCCAAGAACAUUGUGGAAAAGAUCGACUUUGAGAGUGUUUCCAGCAUCAUGGCCUCUUCCCAGUAGCUCCUUGUGCCUAUUGUCCCCUUUUUCCUGCCUUUUGUUUCCCCUCACAGCCAACUUGUUAAAUAAAAGCCCUUUACUUCCUG